UCAGCUGUGAAGGGAGCUUCGUCGCCACCAUGAACUUCUCCGGCAAGUACCAAGUGCAGAGCCAGGAAAACUUCGAGACCUUCAUGAAGGCAGUCGGUAUGCCUGAUGACCUCAUCCAGAAGGGGAAGGACAUCAAGGGGGUGUCAGAAGUCGUGCAUAACGGAAACCACUUCAAGUUCACCAUCAUCACUGGCUCCAAAGUGAUCCAGAACGAGUUCACCUUGGGGGAGGAGUGUGAGAUGGAAUUCCUGACUGGGGAGAAGGUCAAGGCGGUGGUUCAGCUGGAAGGUGAGAAUAAACUGGUGACAACUCUCAAAGGCAUCAAGUCCGUGACUGAAUUCAACGGUGACACAGCCAUCAGCACCAUGACACUGGGGGACAUUGUCUUCAAGAGAAUCAGCAAGAAAAUUUAG